ACUCGGAAGCGAAUGGUUCACCCUUCUCUCAGAUAUAUCGCAGGGAGUGAAAGCGCGAAGAACGUUCCUCCGCGUCCGCGUGGCCGUGCUCCUAGUGAACCGAGGUUCACGACGUGUGUCGUCGCUCGACGGAUCGACUCAGGUCGAGUACCGUCCGGUAAUAGCUCGAUCACGUGCCACAGAUUCAUCCAGCAGAGCGGACUUCACGGAGAAAUGCAGCCGAGGGCUUUCGUGCUUACGCUGACGUUGCCGUGGCUGCUCCUUGGCGCUCCGGUCCCCGCCGAUUUCGAGGACCACUUCGAGAACUGCCACCCCAACACGUCGGGCUUUGACGUUUGCAUCCGGGAAGGAUUGAACGCGAUUAAGCCUUAUUUCAAAACCGGUCUGCCACAGUACAAUGUACUCCCGUUCGAUCCCUUUUUUGCCAAAGAGAUUACGGCCAAGAGAGGCAUCCCGAGGUUCGGCUUCACCUUAACGCUUCGCAACAUCACUGAGCACGGAUGGACUCGCAGCAAAGUGACAAAGUUCGUGUCCGAUCUGAACAAUUACAAGAUCGUGUACACGCAAAGUUUCCCGGAAAAGUCGCUGGCGGGUAGCUACGAGUUCAAGGCUGUGCUUUUCAGCACUACCAUAAUCAGUAAAGGAACGUUCACGAUGGUUCUGUACGAUCUGAUACAAACGACCACCGUGACGAAACUGCCGGGCCAAAAGGUACGCGCCCGGAUGGACGUGCAGAAUAUCCGGGACAUGGAGCUCCACCUCAGGAACCUCCUGUCCGGCAAGGAGUUCCUCGAGAAUAUAAUUGACAAGUUGAUCAACGGCGCCUGGCAACCGGGUUUCGUGGUGACGCGGGGUCUCAUUAACGAGCUCGUCUCGACGGCCUUCACGGAGAUCUUCAACACCAGCUUCCGCAAUUUCCCCUUCGAGAGGAUCUUCAAACCGAGCCCUGGUUCGUCUAAUUCGACUUCGACCACGAGCCGGACGGCGACUGGACGAUACUAGACAGCGCCGACACUUUGUUCAAUUGAUGGAUCGCAUCUGACGAGUGAAUAGAGAAGCUCGGCCGCUCGGCGAGCCGCUUCGCGGCUCGCUGAGCGAAAGCGAAACGCGAGUGAAUUUUUCGUGCGAUCGCCGGACGAGGUUCACGAGGUUUCAUCAAAAAGUAAAGAGAAUUUUUAAUUUUCUCGGAAAGUAUUUAUUUAAUCUUCAAUGUUUAUCCCAUCUCCUUCAAAGUAGUCCCCCUGUGAUAUUAUGUACACUUAUGUACAUACAACGUAGUUCCCGGUUUGAGAAACACUGGUGAGACGCCUCUUUACGUAUCGUCUUGAGCUGGAUCCGCGAUUUCGCCUUUAUCUCAUCUAUUGUUGAGAAACGUUGUCCCUAGAGUGUCCUUUUGAGUUCAAGAAAUAGGAAAAAGUCACAGGGGGCCAUGUGUUCUGGAGAAUAAGGUGCGAUGCUGUUUUUCUUGAAAAUUCAGCAGUUUCGCUGCCACUCGUUUCAUACUCGAAACAUUAGUAAAAAUCGCUUCGCAUGAGCCGUAUGAAAUUCCUGUUUUUUUCAGCAACCUCUCUAAUGGUGAUUCUUCUCUUAGCAAGCGCAAUCUCUUUAACCUUUUCCACGUUUUCAUCACUGAUGAACUAGUGCUAAGACCUCGCGUCAUCUUCGAUGUCUUCUCGGUGCCUUUCUGAAAGCGUUUGUACGCAUUCAUAAACUCGUGAACACAGUAUCGUCGCCACAGGCCUUCUUUCGCUGCGCUUAACCUUCCGUUUUCAACAUAAAAUUUCAGACAAACUCUCUCGUUACUUUUUGAUCAAACCUCGUACGUCUUCGUGCGUCUUCACGUGCGUGUGCGUGCAGGAGCGGACGAGCGCGCUCGAAUUAGCGCGUGAAACGCGCUCGUGCGCGCUCGUCCAGUGUACGUAAUAUCCAGCAAAUAUAUGAUCUUUCUUUUCUACGGUCUUGUCGUCUCCCUGAGCGCGUCCCCAGCCUGAAAAUCUCCGACGCACGUUUUCCACGUCGCGUCACAUACACACACACACACACGUACACACUCGCGGAAUGCUAAGAGCCUUUGAUCGGAGCAAAUGCGGGACGAAUGCUUCUCUUUUAGCGGAAUAGUCGCUCGCCUUGAGGAGCCGCGGUCUUUGACCCAGCAUUCUUACAGGACACGUGGGAACAUCGCGGUCGUCAUGGCAUUGGGAGAAAGUGCAUUGACACCGCGUGUAUCAGGCACGAAUUACGACGGACGCUGAAACCGUCGAAUUCGUCGAUUAGCGUUGUCGCGCGCACCAGUUGUCCCGUCCCGUUCAGCGCUUCUCGCUCAACACAUUCUAAGCCCAAAAAGUCCGCGAGUGAGGUGCAUGCUGAUGGAUGAUGAUUCGCGCGAUUGGGCGAACUCGAAUCGAGAUUUCAUUUGCAAGGCGUUGGCCUUGCAAAUUCGGCUAAACUCGAAGAACCGACGACAGAUCUCGAGAGAUGCACGGAAGCUGUUGUCUUACCUCUCUUGAUUAUCUUUGCCGCUGACUUUCGUUAGAUUACGUAAUACUUGCUCACUGUACAUAUCCCGCACUUGAGCUUCACAAUUGAUACCUUGCUCCUUCGAACUGAGAAUAAAGCUAAAAGUGCAGCUAAAACAUCAAGAUAACCUAACCGAGUCUUUGAGUUUGAAUUUCCCGCGUUUUACGAAAUUCGUCGAGCUAAUGCAGAGUCCAAAUUCCGUGGCGUGGGAAACAGCGGGAAGGGAUCGUGUCCCCUGCCCUUCCGGCAGCCGCGUUGAUUCAAGCUCGCGCACAAGGACACACGGUCGUCGUGAGCACGAGGUCGUACCCCAAUUCAGGGUCGCCGCGGGCGUCGCGUGAUCGUCGCCCCGUAAAACGUUUGUCCAGCGUCCGUACAAGCGUCUCGUUCUCAGGAAAUCACACUGAAAGUGACGAUCCGCCUUGCAGGAAGAUUCGGCUUGCUCGAGCGAAUUACUCGAAUGUCCUAUCGUCCUCCCGACAAUUGAAAAGUCAAACACAGCCCGGGGCUGCUGAGGCCGAGCGCCGAAAUUCCGUCUCUUCUCGCUCUCUCGCGCUCUCGCGCGCUCCUCGUGCGCUCCUCGUGCGAAGCCCGCGACCGCGCACCGAUCGGGGACUUUCCGAUCGUUUUGGAUGCUAGUCGAGCCCGAAGACGACGGGACAAUAGGAAAGCCGGGGGCGCGAUGUACGUAAAUCUUGCGCGCGUGCAUAUCGGAAGCGUGACACGAGACGUGAACGUGAGCGAGUCGAUUAACGGUGCUUAACAUCUUCGCGCUUCUUAAUUCGGCCCGUCUCUGACGUCCGCGCUGACCGUCGCUGACGUCCGUCGGGCGCUUUCUUCGAGCCGAACUCGUCGCGCAUUUUCAUACAUGACGAUCAUCGCGUCACCGCGACACAUCCUGAACGCGUUCCAUUCAGCCUUUUUGUUCUUCUUCGCUCGCGGCCGACGCGCGCUCGCGCGUCAUAUUCAGACCGCGGCGGCAUAUUCGGACUACUCGCUCUUCAAUUGCGCAAUUUAAUAGACCGCUGCUCUCUCGCGACCGAUCGCGUCGGCGGGCCGUGCUCGAUUUAGCGCACGCGAUCGCCAAUCGGGCCGCCUAAUUACCCUAACCCCUCCCCCCCCUUUCCCAAUUAUAUCUCUCCUAACUCCAGUCAGAACUGGCGGAGGAAAGCGCUCCUUUUCUCUCUCCCUUUAUCUCGACGCGAUCCACCGUCGUUCCACCGUCGAUCGUUAAGCGCGCGCCACUUACCGCUGUUGCCACGGCUGAUGGAAGAAGAAAGUUAUAAACAAACGGCUGGCAAUUGUCGGGAAAGCCAAACAUGCUGAUAUAUUAAAUUAAUCGGCAUUUCUUCGUCUCCGUUCGCUCGGCCAAAUCCCGCCAAGACGAAGCGGGCCUCCUUAUAACUACUCAACGACGCAGCAACGUGGUUAAGUUUUUUACCUGGCCUUGGCAGAAACUCAUAAGCAACUUUUGUCAGACUCACACAUAUCUCUUCCUUUACAUCAUCCUUUCUAUUAUACCAAGGUAAAAUCUACGUGUGGGUCUACCGUGUGUUUCCGGCGAAAUUCGUCGUAACUGCGACUACAUCGAUCAUUCGUCUACCAGAUCGACCAAUUAACCAAGAAUUAAGAAAAAAAUGCAGCUUUAUCCGACAGCGUAAGAAGAAGUAACACUUAUUGAAAAUUCGAACAGUAAGUAGCUCGGUAGAUGACGAAAAUAAUCUAAGCACCAAUCAACGGUGACAUUGCAUCAAUGUUGUAACUUGUUGCUCAACGAUGGAACCGCCAUGCACAGCUCGCGUUGUAUUACACGCCUACAUUGCUGACUGCGAAGUUGUAAUACUGAUGUAACGUCGCUGUUAAUUGAUGUUUACCGCACAGAAGCGCGGUUUUAACGCGCGAAUAUGAGCACACAAUGCUGACGUUAAUUACUCGGAAUCUCACACUGUGCAAUCCAUUAUUACGCAUCGUUCUCGUAUCGGCCCUUCGGACAUCCACCAGCCAGUCGAGUCGCUCAAGAAAGAAGGAUCAACCGAGGAAGAGAACAAAAGUGUUCUCAAUCACGUAUCUAGGCUCCGUAAUCGGUAGCCGUUGCUUGAAACUUGCCUCAUAUGAGACACUCAUAAGUCGAGUACGGAGUUAAAUUCGAAACAGAAGAAAGAAGGAGAGAAGUUUCUCAUUUGAAUCACAUGAUAUAUCGGAUUUGCGAUCGCAAUUCCACCGAAACCGUUCACGUCUAGCUCUAAACUCAAAUCUGAGCGCCUCACAUGAAAAAACGUGCAAAAAAUUGCGUUUCACGUAAUGAUCGCCAAUACGAAUUUAAAUGCUGGAAUCGGAUAACGUUCACAUUUAAAUUGUUUAUUUGGUUUUAUGUCCGGUGGGUCCAUUCUGAGGUCCGAGGACAUCAAGUAAUCCAUCGACCGCGACGUCUCG